CUACCAUAUCAUCAUCCUCCUUUUGAUUUUGCAGCACUGUUCCCGGAAGUAUCAUCAGCCUUGCAGGGUAAAACAUGGACUUUGGAUCAACAAAUUGGUCAUGGCCUUCGGGCACAGACCCGAACGGCCAUCCAAACAGCAGCGCGCAAGCCUCAUCAACCCACGAGACACCGCACAGCUCAUCAUCAGGUUCAUCAGCAUCAAAGCCGAGCUCUCAGCAGCAGCCAAAACAGCGAGCCUACAAACCCCGCACUUGCCGCAUCUGCUUGGAAGUAGUCCAGCCCACCACCGAGAUUGACGAGUCAUUUGCGGCUCGCUUCACCUCAAGAGCCCGCGUUCGAUACUAUUCAGAGGAUCCGGAGCUGGGCCGGUUGAUCAGCCCUUGCAGAUGCAAAGGCACCCAAAAAUACGUCCACGAAGGUUGCCUUCAGCAAUGGAGGCAAGCGUCGCCUUUGUCUGACCGGAACUUUUGGCAGUGUCCUACCUGCAGAUUCGAGUACCGGCUGGAGAGACUGAGAUGGGGCCGCUGGUUGACGAGUACGACGGGAAGCGUGGUGCUCACCGGGGUGGUGUUCAUCUUGGCCGUGUUUUUGUUGGGCUUUGUUGCCGACCCCAUCAUCAACCUUUGGGUCGACCCUUGGGGAAGCGUGGUGGAGACGAUUCACGAUGUCAUCUCAGAUGUCGAGGCUAUGCGCCCGGUUGACGAUGAACCGACGACUUGGUCUUUCCAUUUUCUCAAGGGAUUUCUCUCGCUUGGCUUGCUUGGGUUCUUGAAGACUUUUAUUGCCAUGUCGCCGUGGCAGUGGUUCAACAUUCGUAGUACAGUAGGUGGACGUCGCAGGGGCAGAGACAGAGUUGAGUCGGUCAAUUGGAUGCUUGUGAUGAUUGGCGUUCUCACAUUUCUUGUGGCAGCAUGGAAGUUCGUCCGUCACUUCAGCGCGAGAGUCCUUGAAAAGGCCCGCGACAGAGUUGUUGACAUACAAGAGGAUGAAGACGCCGAUGACGAGGACUACGCAGUGGACGACGAGACGAGGAAAGAUAAGUAA